UUGACGUGUUCGGUUGACAAAAGCGGAAACGUGCACUAGUUCACUUGGCCAAAGAACAGUUAAAAGAAAAAAACUGGCAACUGACACACACGGUGCGCUUGAGAGAGCAGGAUAGCCAGAGUCAGCGGGCGAGCGAGAGAGGCGAUAGCGAUAGCGAUAGAGAGAAACAGCAGCAAUGCCAGCAGCAACUAGAUAAAUCAAAAGUAAAAUGUGCGGAAUAAUUGCGACAACUACUGGCAAAUAGAGCAAGACAAACAGCAGCAGCAGCAGCAUUAGCAGCAGCAGCAGCAACAACAAGCGCCUGUGUGUCCGUGUCCCCGUGUGUGUGUGUGAGAGCGAGAGCGCCCGCGUGUGUGUGUGUGAGUGUUUUGUAUCUGUGCCAGUGUGUGAGUGCGUGUCACAUAUCAGCGAAGGAGCAGAAGAAAAACCAGCAGCAGCAGCAGAAGCAGAAGCAGCAGUAACGGCAGCAGCAGCAGCAGCAGAAGUUCAGUGGAAAAGCGCGCAGCGAAGCAGGAAAAUUCGUAAACGAAGUCGGCAGAGAAGCAGCGCAGCAGCAGCGACGCCAGCAGAAGGUCGCCCACCACAGGAGGCUGCCACGCCCCCCAUCCAGGAAGCAGGACGCACGGCACACCACACCACCACCCCCAACAUGGGCAGCGGACAUUAUUUCUGGGCGAUCCUAUACUUUGCCAGCCUGUGCAGUGCUUCACUAGCAAAUAAUGCCAAAAUAAAUUUCCGAGAAAAGGAGAAAAAAGUCUUAGAUCAAAUUUUAGGUGCAGGCAAAUACGACGCCCGAAUACGACCAUCCGGAAUAAAUGGCACAGAUGGUCCCGCCAUAGUCAGAAUCAAUCUAUUCGUACGCAGUAUUAUGACGAUUAGUGAUAUUAAAAUGGAGUACAGUGUGCAGUUAACCUUCCGUGAGCAGUGGACGGAUGAGCGCCUCAAGUUCGACGAUAUCCAGGGUCGACUGAAAUAUCUGACCCUGACGGAGGCGAACCGCGUGUGGAUGCCCGAUCUUUUCUUUUCGAAUGAGAAGGAGGGACACUUUCACAACAUUAUCAUGCCCAAUGUGUAUAUUCGCAUCUUCCCCAACGGCUCUGUGCUAUAUAGUAUACGUAUCUCGCUGACAUUGGCCUGCCCAAUGAACCUAAAGCUAUAUCCACUGGACAGGCAGGUCUGCUCACUGAGAAUGGCGAGCUAUGGCUGGACCACCAACGACUUGGUCUUCCUGUGGAAGGAGGGCGAUCCGGUGCAGGUGGUGAAGAACUUACACCUACCUCGCUUCACGCUGGAGAAGUUCUUGACUGAUUACUGCAACAGUAAAACCAACACGGGUGAAUACAGUUGCCUCAAAGUCGAUCUACUAUUCAAGCGAGAAUUCUCAUAUUACUUAAUACAAAUUUAUAUACCAUGCUGUAUGUUGGUCAUUGUAUCAUGGGUAUCAUUCUGGCUGGAUCAAGGAGCAGUGCCGGCGCGUGUCUCACUGGGUGUGACCACCCUGCUGACCAUGGCCACCCAGACGUCGGGCAUCAACGCCUCGCUGCCGCCCGUCUCAUAUACGAAGGCCAUAGAUGUGUGGACGGGAGUGUGUCUGACGUUCGUGUUCGGGGCCCUGCUCGAGUUCGCCCUGGUGAACUAUGCAUCCCGUUCAGGUUCGAAUAAAGCUAACAUGCAUAAGGAGAAUAUGAAAAAGAAGCGCCGCGAUCUGGAGCAGGCCAGUUUAGAUGCCGCUUCAGAUCUGCUCGAUACAGAUAGCAAUGCAACGUUCGCAAUGAAACCGCUCGUGCGCCAUCCUGGCGAUCCGCUGGCCCUGGAAAAGCGGCUCCAGUGCGAGGUGCACAUGCAGGCCCCGAAGCGACCCAACUGCUGCAAGACCUGGCUCUCGAAGUUCCCAACAAGACAAUGUUCUAGAUCCAAGAGAAUCGAUGUUAUAUCGCGGAUCACCUUCCCGCUGGUCUUCGCCCUGUUCAACCUGGUCUACUGGAGCACAUAUCUCUUCAGGGAGGAGGAGGAUGAGUAAAUGCCGUUACCUAUUGCCAAACACCAAUUACUUUAUAGAAGAGUUGGCGCUCUUGGCCAACACGAAUGUACUAACCUAUUCUUUCAUUCUUUCCAUUUCGGUUGUCUUCAUUUCAUGCUUUGUGUUGCUUAUGGCUUUGUUGGCUUCAUUUCCAAUUUGGUUGAUUUGAUUGAUUGACACCUUGACCUUGAUUGAAUGGUUUAAACUUGAAACCACUAAAGGACCUUCUAAGGCGCGUCUCUGAAACCCAGUGGCUAUGUAGAAUCUAACGCGAAAUUAACUAAUCGAGGGAUACGUUACGUUACGAUAAUGCUCUAUCUGUAUGGCUAUGUAUCGGAAAAGUGCAGAAUAGUUAAUGCGUUAAUGCGUUAAUGCGGUAUCCGGCAAGGCUUCAAGGCACUUCCACUAAAGCUAAUAAUGUUUGAUGAAUAUGAAUGACAAAAUUCUAGUUAAUUGUAAGUUAAAUUGAUCAAGAGUGACUGCAUAGUAGAUAAUGUUAUAAAUAAUUAUACGAUACACACACUGACACACACCACAACACUUGUUUGAAUUGAUUUGUUUUGAGGAUGCUCCAAAUUGUUACGAAUUGAUUAAUUAUUUUAGCUGGUAAUCGACGAUAAUCGAGUUUUGUUCCGGACUAUAGCUUAGUUCUAAAAAAAUUGCAAUUGAUUUGUACUUAAAUGCGUUAAGUUAGUUAAGCCGCAAACAGCGAGUGGAGGUCGUAGAAAAUUCGACGUUUGUAAAUAUGUCAUACAAUAAGUUUUAAGCGAACUAGUUUAAAUCAAUUCUAAUUGUAAAAAGCGUGUAGAUAAAUUUAAGUUUAGUCGAUAAACGAACAACUAACCGAAGCGAGAAAAUCUAGGUAAAUUCAAUUAAAAUUAUGUUCACCAUCGAAGUAAAUAAAAAUCGAAUCGAAUCGAAAAUAUCGAAGAAUCCUUCAAAGCACACAGAAACAAAAACAGAAUUUUAUUUUUGAAUUCCGAAUUCUUUGCCAAAACUACUCUUAAAAGAUAAGUUCUACUGACACUGGUGGGUAUCUGCAAGUUAUUUUUCCUAAACUUUCCUAGAAAUUUUCUUCGUUAUUUAUAAAUAGCUUGCUUUUAAUUUUAGAGUUGAAUUUUAUAGUAGUUAAAUUGUUAUUAUACUCGACGGGGAAUAAAGCCCCAAAAUUCUGAUUACUGUUUGAUUUGAAUCCUUAAAGUAUUAUAAUAAAUUUACAAUUACUUAAUUAUGUAUUGGGUCGAAGAGGCCACUUAGCUAGUUAAUUUCCUUAAUUAGACUAACAAAAUAUAAAUAUACAACACUCAAACCAUAAACCAAUUAACAGACAAUACAAAAUAUUUUAUCAUGUAGUAAAAGCCCCGGAGAAUUAUUGAAUACUUAUUGAAAUCAGUAUUAUAAGCCAAAAAUUAGAUCAUGAUAUAUACGGUUUUUUUCGUAUCCAAAAUGUAUUUGGUUAUUUAAGUGCCUUUUUGUAUGCCAAGGAGAUUUCUCCCCACUUUCUCCCCUUCUCUCUUUCUCCUCCUCUAUCUUUCAAAUAGCUAUACUCCUUUCACACUAUAUCUUUUCGAAACCCAAUUAGAGAAGUGCACUAACCGACUCCAUAAACUAUGCAGCUCUAAUUUUAGAACUACUCGUAUAAUAAAAAAGAAUUCUACAUAGCAACAACAGAAACAGAACCAGAACAACAAUAACAAUUAAAACCUUUCAGAUAAAUUAAAUAAAAUAUUUUCGUAGUUUUUUAAUAUUUUAUUAACUUGAAGCCUGUUUUAUUCUCAUGUUUUCUCAACUUUUUCUUUGGUUUCGGAAAUGCUUUUCGUUUGCUUUCAUUUUUAAUCUAAAGGUAAGAAAUUAAACGUAAAUGAAAAUCAAAAAUCAAUUGAACUUAAAAUAAUAUAUAUAGACACAACACAAGGCACCCUGCAUAAUAAUUGUUGUCAUUAAUGAAGCGUCAUAAGUACGAUCAGAACAUAAGAAAAACGAAAUCGAAAAAUAUUUAUAGACACUUUCAUGUUGUAAAAGUUGUGCCAAGCAAAGAGAAACCAAAAACUAGUCAAAGAAUAUCGAAAGAGAUCGUGAAUUAUAACUAUAACACUAGCUAUAGUUGUAUUGUAUAUGAAGCUAUUGAACAUACAGGGUUUUUAAAUGUGAGCAUAUAGUUGAUGAGCCAAGAGCAAAGUGGAGAAAAAUCUAAGGAGAUAGACGAUUGCUGAUUGAUGGAAAUUGAUGGCGUUGAUUGAUGUACUAGAUGGAAAAUUAUCGCGAAGACGAAAGAACAAUUAUAUUAGGUCGUACUCAAUGGGUGGACGAAACACUGUUUUCGGCAUUUACUUUUAGUGGAAAAAACAAAACAUACUUAGGUUGUGUGCUGCUCUUCAUUUGCCGUUCUCCAAUUCGGUCAAUUAUCAUUUUUCCGGCAAAUCGUUUAGCAGCGGCAGUCCAGUUCAGUGUAAAUAGUUUGGGUCAGAACAUGUAAAUGUCAUUUAAUGGUUAGGUUAACGAGUAACACAACUACGGGAAAUCGUAAGACGAAAUGUGCACAACUUUAUAUAUAGAUGCGUUCCAAAAAGACUUACAGGUUUUGAUUAACAAGAGAAGCAUAGGAUUAAAUCAUUUACCAAUGCGAUGUAACACGAGAAGAACUACGCGAACGAGUAGAUCCUAAGUUAACGUAUGUCUAGAUCUUAAGAGGCAGUUUGAAAUCAGAAACCAGACUAGUUAAAGCAUUCACAUAAUUAAGCUACUAAGCGCCACGGCAAAUUGCAUUCACCACCCACUUUCCGAACUCACUUGAACCACUCACUCACCACUCACACCAAUCACUCGAUGUUUAAUCUUUGCUAACCACACGAACAAAAUCAAAAUGACACCCAAAUCGAAAUCUAAUUCGAAAUCGACUAAAACUAAAAUCGAAAAAUCGAAAAACGAAACUAAUCUUUGCACAGUUUGAGGGGGCAAACGAGUUUGAGUACUGCAAGUUAAAAUUUAGAUAAAUCAUAACACAUAUCUUCCAAACGGGGGCGGCUCCAUGGCCCAUUUAUAACAAUCAAGCAACUCAAACUAUAAUUUCUAGAGAGGAAGUGUAAAUACAAACGACAAGCAACCAAAUCAUUCGAAUCGAAAUUGCCAUCGAUGGCGAGCGCGGAGCGAAUCAAUAAACACUGCAAAUCACCUUACUUUAUAGAGCUAAGUCAGGACACGCACACCCACAUCCCCGAACACCCCGAAAAACCCCGAAAAACCUCGAAAAACCCUGAAACCCCCGAUCCCCCGAUCCCCAGACAGGAGCGGAAUUAGCCAAGAUCACACGCGCACACGAAUAGAAUUAAGGCCGAGUCGAUUCGAGAUAAACAUCGCAUGAACUUCACUGUAGUGCAAUCCAAUCCUGAAACAUUACCCAUAACCACUAAGAAACAACGCCAAAAACCAGUAACAGAAACAGAAACAAAAGAAAUUCUAAACGUACAUAUAGACCCGGCAAUAACACAUCAAGGCCGUCGGCGAAAAAUUAGAACAGCAAAUCAAAUGCCUAAGUGAAAGAUUAGUAGCAUAAUUUUACAAAAUAGUUGAAAUAAUUGUUGUCACCCGAAAGGAAAGAAAUCCUAAAUGGAAACCAGGAAAUAACGAAAUAAUUGUGUGAAACCCCCAGAAUAAAGAUGUUUGUGAAAUGUUUAUAAAUAAAUGAUGCAAAACGAAAGAAUA